AUGCCACCAACAAUAACCACUAGGUUGCCAACAACCACAGUGCCAUUGCCAACCACAACGUCAUCUCAGGAACCAACAGCUGAAGAGCAAGUUACAAAGUACAAUAAACCCAAUAUCAACAGUACAACAGUACAAAAACCAGACUAUUGCCAACAAUCACAGGGCCAUUCGCCAAAAACUACUGAGAAGCUAACAAUCGAAGUCUGGCUAACAACCACUGUGCCACCAACAAAAAUUGUUAGUCUAACAACCACAGUUUUACCAACAACCACUGUAGGGCCAACAGAAGUACAACCAACCACAGAGCCAUCAACAACGACUGAGCAGUCAACAACUGAGGUCCUGCUAACAACAAUUGUGUCACCAACUUAA